AGACCAAAGUCAUUUGAUGAUGACUUGGAUUAUAAUGAAUACUUGAGAAGAGAUCCAGGAUUCUCUAAUCCAACAAAUGUAGAGACCUUGAUUGAUGUUUUGGGAAUUGACAGUAGACCUCCGAAUUCAUUGUUGAGAUCUUGCCAACGGUAUGAAGAUGACUUUCUUAGUGUCCUCGUCAAUAUGUGAACGUUGAUGGAUCAUUUCACAAGUAGCGAUGACAUCUAGACUUGCUCCAUUAGUCUGUCUCAACUAUUGGCUUCAUAGAGUUUAUCCAGUCUGUUAUAAGAUCAGUUUCAAUUUCAGUUGGUCUAUCCAGUCUAAGACUUUCAAACGUUCACUGGUUAAAAAUAUUUAUUUGGACGAGCUUUCGACUGCCAGUCUGCAGUUUUCGAUGGGUAGAUUAAAGUGAAUAUAUAUGUGAUAUUUACAGUGUGUUUACAAUUAAAGGGGCAGUGUCACGGUUCUACUGCGCAUCCAGAAUAUGCGCGAACUUGAAAAACUGUCUGCCAACAAUUAAUCAAGUUAGGAGUGAAAUACGAUAUACUCUUUAUAAUCCCUUCUUUAUAUGAUGCAGGACAUCCUUGCUUUGUUUUAAAAAUUGAAGGCCGCUGCAUCUUUUCCAAUCACGUAGCAUUAAUUUUAAACGCUUCUUUGCGCCGUUUAUUCUGGCCAAUCUGCGCCGUGACACUGCCCCUUUAAUAUACUGACACAACAGACAAUUAUUGACAGUUUGCCUACGUAUAGGAUUAAUGACUAUUUGCAUUGAAGAGAAUUGAAGUUUUUUUGGCAGAAAGCGUUAUUGUUCUGGCAAAUGUUUUGAGUUAUGUAUUAUAUUGAGAUCUAUUUUGAGAUCAGUUCAUGGCUUGAAACGAUCAACUGAUCUCAUAAGAGACUGGAUAGAUCCUAUAAAAAAUGAAGUCAAUUCGAGCGAGACCUCAAAGCAAGUCCAGGACGACAUCUUGAUCAUAAUCCAUUGUGGUUGAAAAAAAUUGUUUUGAGAUUGCUUAGGAGAAAUUUGUUUUAUUUCAGAUGGACGUUCAGUGAUAAAGAGGCAGACAUCUUGAGGAAACAACAGUCUAAGAAAUGGUCAAUGGAUACGUUAGUAUAAUUUGAAGAAUAAUAGCCUGUAGCGAAACUUUUAUCACAAAGCCACAACUUAGCGUUAUAUGUUAUUGACAAGUAGAGCUUGAUAAUGGCACGUCUAUAUAAAGUUUUGCUUGAAUUUACGUCUUAUAUAAAGUUUUGCUUGAGUUGUCUUUGUAAUAUAUCUUUUUUCAGUUGACCCUUUGUACAACAAUAGCCUUAGGAAUGCAGUGUUUUAUUGUCUUUGUCUUACAAAUCCCACUGUUCUCCAUGCUCUCCGUUCAAAUAUUGUUCUCAAGUCAUAUAAGCUACGGAUACACGGGCAAUACUUUUCUGGUGAUGGCAAUGCAAUGGUGGUAAAAUCGUUGCAUUGCCGUCGCGAGAAAGAAAUUGCUUGUGUAUCAUGCUCUGCGACGGCAACGCAAAGCUGCGCGCAAUCGUUGCCGAAAUUUCAAAUCAUUUGAUGAUUUGUUGAUGAGGUGUGGUCAAGGAAGGUCAAGGUUGAUGAAUGACACGUUUCUUGACCAGCCAAUGAAAAGCGUUAUAAAGACAUAUAUUGCAGGUGAAAUAUUGCAGGUGUAGCCACCUUGUGCGACGGCAACGCAAUGCUGUUAUCACCCAUUGCGUAACCAUCGCAACAAAAAUAUUGCUCGUGUAUCCGAAGCUGUACUCUCAUUGCAUAUCUAGAACUGCGAUUGGUGUGGACAGCUUCAAGAAUGGUGAUCACGAGAAGGCUUUGAAAUAUCUCAAUCAUGCUUUAAAGAUUUACGAACAAAACUCUGAAGCCUUGGUCGCGCGUGGUGCAUUGUAAGUAUAGCGACCUGUAACAUUUAAUAUACUGUUGUUCUUGAUAAAUAGUAGUUUACAUGAAUUCGUACACUGUACAAAGAUUAGGAAGGUCUCCUCUUAAAAUACUAUAUGUCCAACAUAAGUAGCUAAUUUAGGGUGGUUGAUUGUGGGUAGUAUGCUACAAUGGGCUAUACAAUGACGUUAGUCUCCGAACUAUUUGAAAAAGAUAUUUUAUGUUACGUGCUGGUCCAGUGUAGGUUGUUUUCUACAAUUAAGUGCCGUGGUUUGUGUCUGAACUAAAUGACAACCAGGGUUCGAAAUAGCUACCGGCGAUAACCGGCAGUUUCAUGACCUUCAGCCGGCAAUUUUUGAUUUAAAACUCAAGUUUAUACUUAUAUAACUUAAAUCAUAUUAAUUGUUCAGAUUGAAAUUAUGGUCAUGCUUUUCAUUUUCAUUCAAUAAUAUAGCACCAAAGUUAACAAAAUAUUUUUGCACAAAUAUAACUAAAUAAGAGCAUUUUAUUUUGUACAUUUUACGGCGUAAUUAUACAAUGACGUAAAUAUAGAGACGUUACAAAUGCAGGGCCUGUUUCCAGGUAUACACGUGUAUACUAAAUUUACUCAUGAACUUUGAAAACGGCCGGCAAGAAUUUGAACCUACAAAAAAACAGCCUACAAAAUUAGGCACAUUUUUUUAACGUUAUUUCGAACUCUGACAAUUAUAUCUCAAACGUUGCAUGUCCAGUGUAUAAGUAGUAUUCUGCAAUAAUUUGCCAGGCCCAUGGUUUACAGUCUGAACUACACGAAAAAGAUACCUGAAACGUGGGUGCCUAGUGCAGAUUUACUUGAAUAAUAACCAUGGUUCGAGAAAAGUAACUCUCUCGGUUAGACACAAACACACCUGUCUAUAUCGUUUAGAUAUGCGAACCAAAACAAAUUGGAGUAUGCAAUAAAAGAUUUCAAGCAAGCUUUGAAACUGCAGCCGAAACACCACAACGCAAGCAAGUAUCUGAAAGAAACGUUGUUCGAGAAAGGACUCAGGUACGUUGUAGAUACUGUACAGACUAAAUGAGAUGGCGUGAGCAGUGAGCAUGAGUAAAUUUGAUUAUUUUGUGUUGUUUGUAUGUUUUUACAUUCUAUUCAAUGCAUAUUGUUGUAUUGCAUGUUAUCUUUCUCAUGCAAGGCUAGUCAUGAUCGCGAAUGGCUAUGUGAAUAUAUGUAUGUGUUGGACAAGGCCAAUCACACACAUGCAAUUGCAUGCCAAACAGUAGUGUACCAUUGUGUACCAUAAUCUACAGUACGCAUUAUUCAGCUAAACACGCAGGUUUUCUUUACAAAGGUUGAAAGAUGUUGGCAACAUGAGAGAAGCAAUCAAUAUAUUUGAAGAAGUGUUAGAACUGGACCCUGACAGUAUUAAAAGCCAGGAAAAUUUGAAAGAAUUGAAAUCUUUGUUAUCUGCUAAGGUGCGCCAAACUUUAUGCACUUGAUAUAUGUAUAUAAUAUUAUACUUGGCCUGAUUUCGUCUUUUCUCUUUUAUGUCGUUCAUUCGCGUUCUGUAUCUUGGCGGUGUGUUGCUGUUUUUAUUUGGUCAAUAUUUCUCAUUUUGUAUCAUUUCCUCAAAAUGUAUACUAUGAUGGUAUGUAUUGGUUAAUUCAACUGGUAUGUAUUUCAUUAUUUCAUGGUAUUUUUACAUGGAUUCUCGUGGUAUGUAUAAAUCAUAACUAUAUAUUUUCACUGUACGUAUGUUGUUGUGUUUCAUACAUCAUCAUUGUCAAAUUUGUUAUGUUUUUUUUAAACAAAAUAUGUCUGUAAAAUAUGCAAUAACCUUGUAUAUCGAUUUUGAUUAUGGCUCUAUUAUUAUGACCAUUUUUAUCCACACAAUACACUCAUUGUUCCCUGGCAACACUUAUAUUCCUAUCUCAUAUAUUUCCAUUGUAUUAUCGCCACUGCUUGAAAAUUUCAUUUCCAUAUCUUAAUCAUAAUCAUUGUCAUCUCCCAUACUUCACCUGCAUAUUUCAUAUUUCUUAUCGAUAUAUUUCUUACCUAUCGUAUUUUAUAUCGAUAUAUUUUGUUUUGUAUCCAUUUGCCGCCUGUUUUGGCGCUAUAUUGUGAAAUUCUCCAUCUUACCUACUACACUUUCACACUCGGCUUCAUUCUACGUCUUGUAUUUUUAAACAAACAUUUUGCUCCAUGGAGUUGGCGGAAGAGGAAAACAAAGCUCGAAAGGCAGCAAGUUUACUGCAAGAAAAUCGAAAAAAGUUUGAACAUGUAAGGAAAUUGAUCAAGUCAGAUCCGGAUGUUGUAAAAAGCAGUCGAAAGAAAAAAAGGUGAGACUACGAUUUUUUAAAUUUAACAUUAAAGCUUUAUUUAAAGAAGGUAAAAUCAUUGCAGCCAACGGCUGGUUCAAGUUACAUGCAUGAUGGUUAAUUGCAGUGGCGAAGCUAGCCAUAGCAACAGGUCAUGCUAUGCAAAUAUUUAAUGAUUUGCAUUUAUAUUCAAACUAUUAGAAAUAUAUUGUCUUUAACGUAUUUAGAUGAGGUUUAUUAGCAUGUAUAGUAUGACCACGGGUAGCUUCGCCACUUGUUAAAUGUUUGAUGUUCUUAUAUAACUUUUCAAAAUCAAUAGUACAUAAGCAAGGCGCAAACGAAAUUCAUGGUAGUGAACGCCCACGAAUGGAACUAUUACCUAAUGAACAAAAUUUUGAUCUAGACAGAAAUUCCAUCACGGCUUUUCAGAGCAUCACAAAAUCAGUAAUAUUCCGAAGUUUCGUUGCAAAAUGUUGUAAAGUGCGGAUAAUAUAGCCCUGCGAAGUUUGCCGUUUUUCAGUCAUUUUGUAUUACGCGCGGGAAAUUGAUACCUUUUUUCAGAAAGCGGUAUCAGUUUCCCGUGCGUAAUACAAAAUGACUGAAAAACGGCAAACUUCGCAGGGCUAUAUUACCCGCAUUUUACAACAUUUUGUAACGAAACUUCGGAAUAUUACUAAUUUGGUUAUGUUCUUUCAAGCUGUGGUGAAAUUUUUGUCUAGACUUGUUGAGAUCAAAAUUUUGGUUAUUAGGUAAUAUGUAGGUCCAUUAUUCAUUAAGUGAACUCUCUUUAAACACUGUUUCGUUUGAGAACUUUUAUCAUACACUAAAGUCUUUAUGAUAGUGUUUUGAAAACAUCUCAACGCAAGUUGAAAGCUAGUCUGCCUCACGGUUUUUAACAAGAACACCUUUUCGGUCUUUCAAGUCAGUGUAUUACAGACUUCUUCUUGUGUAUGAUAAAUUGUUUCAAAGGAACAUUAUUUUGUUGCAGAAAAAAGAAGAAAGCAAAGGUGAAAAGCAAGAAACGUAGACGUCGAAGUGAAAGUGAGACAAGCACUGCAAGUGAAGCAGAGAGAUACGACAUUGAUGGUGAUGGUGAUGGUGGUGAAUGGAUUGAAAAAGAACGUUCUCCAAGAGAAAAUAAGAAUGUUGUUCCUGGUUUAAGACAGGCCGUUGAAGGUGAAGCAACGCAGUCGAAUAUCAGCGUUGAAACUUCUGAAUGUGCUUCUCAACCAAACCUGCUCCAAAAAGUGAGCACUUUUGCUAAGGAUGGAACAUUUGAAAAGAGUUAUCCUGUAAGCAACGUUGAUACUAUGAGUUAUGGCUUAGGUCAGGAUUUGGACAACAACGGCAGUGCCACAGUGGCAGCAGGCGUACACAGCGACACUGGAGGGUCGUAUGUGGCAAGUGAACGGAGGUUUUCUGAAACGAGUGAUGAUAGAAAAGAGAAGAAAAUUGUGGGGCGAAGAGGAGAUGUCGAAACAAAUUUAGGAGGAGUUGUGAAAGAGGUUGGAGAAAGGGAAGGAGGUGAAGAAGAGAUGGAAAGAGAGGCAAGAGUAAAAGCAAUGGAAGACAUUAGAGAGAGAAUGGGAAAUGUAAAUAAUGAAAAUAUAAAUAUUUCUGGUGCGAAUAGACGUGAACGUUCCCGUCGGCAUAGCUCUCGUUCACGAAGUGAAUCACAUGAAAAGAAAGACGGGGCCCUAACGAGGAGAAGCAAUCGGAAUGAAAGUGAUACAGAUAGUGGAGAAUAUCAGGGUAAAGGCCGAGAACGUCGAAGCAGAAAUAGACAUGUAAGACGUAGAACAAGAAGCAGUUCUGACAACAGCAGUCAUGAACGAACAAGAAAGAAUAUAUACGGAGAAAACGUGCAAAGGAAAGCAAGCAAGAAUAUCCGUGAUACAAGCAGCGAUAGCAGUGCGAGAAACCGUUCUAGAAGUAGAAGUAGAAGCAAUAGUUUAAAACGUGAUCGGUCGAGGAUCAUCAGAGGACGGAGAAGUGUAAGUAAGGGUAGCAGAGGACGGAGUAGUACAAGUAGAGAUAGUAGAGGUCGACGAGGUUCAAGUAGGGAUAGCAGUGAAGGAGAUCGCUCAAGAAGUAGAAGCAAUAGUUCGAAACGUGAUAGGUCAAGGAUUGUCAGAGGACGGAAGGGUACAGGUCAGGGUAGUAGAGGAUGGAGAAGUACAAGUCGGAGGAGCACAAGUCACAGUGGUAGUGAUGGAAGAAGCCAAUCUAGAAGUAGAAGUAGAAGUAGAAUUAGAAGCAAGAGUUUGGAACGCGAUACGUCAAGACGGAGACGAAGAAGUACAAGUAUGGAUAAUAAAGACAGGCGAAGUACAAGUAGGGGCAGAAGGAGACAGAGGAGUACAAGUCGUAGUAGUAAAGGACGGAGACGUACAAGUAGGGGUAAUAAAGGACGACGAAGUACAAGUGUGGAUAAUAGAGGACGACGAGGUUUUUAGACUGAAGUUGUUAGUUUUUAGACGGAGCCGCUUUUAGACUGUCGUUUGCUCUGACGGUAAUAGUACUAAACUAUAACAAUAUGUAUUGGUUAAUUAAUAAA